CGUUUUUCUUUAAGUAAAAUCAAUUGUACGUAAAACACCACAUCGACAUGGGUGUGUAGUGUUCAAUGUGCAUCAAUUGAGAAAUAUAAAUUUUUAAUUAUAGACUUAAGAGGACGCUACGCGGCUUUACGUUCAAUAGAUCUCAUGUAGCUUUGUUAGAUUUAAAAGUUUUAAUAUUAGAGUGCAUUUAUAUAAUAAUAAUAUUAUUAUUAAAAUUAAAAGUAACAAGAUUUUCUGUGGUUUGGUAUAAGUAUUUUUUCUACGGAUAAAUUUUUAAGCAAAAUAUGAUCAUUUUAAAAUUAUAAUAAAAAUGUAUACACUUAAAACUAUUUAAUAAAAAUUUCGAAAAAUACUCCCACCGUACCACAUAAAAUGUUGUUACCUUUAAAACUAAAAAUGGAUAAAUUCACUAAAAUAUUAAAAUUUAAAACUAAAAAAGCUCCACGAGAACUACUAAACGUAAAUGCUUUGUGUUACGCUUUUGUAAGUCAGAGAAUACAAAUGCAGUGGUUCCUUUUAAGACUAGCAAAAAUAUAAAAAUAUAUUAUUGGUUUGGUUCAAAAUUUAAAAUUGUUCCUAUUAUUAUAGUUAAAACGUUGUUUUUGGUAAUACGUAAAUAAUGCUAUUAUAACAAUGGUAUACAAACAUCCAUGUAAUUACUUUUCAAAAUUUCAUAAUAUCAUAAGACAUUUUCAUCACGCAAAUUAAUAACUAAUUGCAUAACAAAUCAAAUAACUGUUUACAGAUUUUUUUUUUUGAAUAUCUAUUACGAACAUUUAAAAUUCUUUUUUACAUAAAUUGUAUUUACUUAGGGUACUGAAUUUAUUAAAAUUAAAAUCUUAGAAAGUAGUAAAAAUAAUAAUUUAUAUUUUGUUAAUUAGAAUGGAUUGCAGUUCAAUACACUGAUGAUAAUGUUUUCUAUAUGUGUCCUUCAAAAACAAUAAAAUGUAAAAUAGUGAUUGGCAAAAAAUAUAUGGUGAAAUGGGUUAAUAAAAAAUCAUAUUUAGCUAAGGUGCUAAAAAAAGGAAAUAAAGAAAAUAUACAAAGGUUCUUAGCUGGUAAGAGCAUAAACCAUAUGAUAGAUGAACCAAUAGUGCAUUCAAGCCAUAGUUUAGAUCUAAAAAGUGGGAAAAUUGAUGCAAUAAAAAAUCGUGAAAUGUUUACCUUGGAUCAUUCAAUGGAUAAACCAAGCAAGCAUACUAGCCAAGCUGUUGAGCAGAAUGAUUUUAGUAAAAUAGAUGCAUCAACAAAUUUUGAAAUGAUUAACUUGGAACAGUCAAAGGAUAAACCAAUCAUGCAUUCCAGCCAAGCUGUUGAGCAGAAUGAUUUUAGUAAAAUAGAUGCAUCAACAAAUUUUGAAAUGAUUAACUUGGAAAAGUCAAUGGAUAAAACGAGCAUGCAUACUAGCCAAGAUGUUGAGCACACUGAUUUAAGUAUAAAAGAUGCACCAAUAAUUUGUGAAACGUUUAACUUGGAACAGUCAAUGGAUAAACCAAUCAUGCAUUCUAGCCAAGUUGUUGAGCAGAACGAUUUAAGUAAAAUUGAUUCAACAAAAAAUAGUGAUAUUUUUGAUUUGAUAUUUGGUAUUAUGGAUGAAGCAACCAUGCAUCCUAGCCAAGCUGUUGAGAACAAUAAUUUAAGUAAAACUGAUGCACCAACAAUUUAUGAAACGUUUAACUUGGAACAUUCAAUGGAUAAACCAAGCAUGCAUACUAGCCAAGCUGUUGAGCACACUGGUUUAAGUAAAGUAGAUGCACCAACAAUUUGUGAAACGUUUAACUUGGAACAGUCAAUGGAUAAACCAAUUGUGCACUCUAGACAAGCUGUUGAUCAAAAUGAUUUAAAUAAAAUAGAUGCACCAGAAAAUUGUGAGAUUUUUGAUUUGUUGUUUCACAAUAUGGAUGAACCAAUUGUGCGUUCUAGCCAAGCUGUUGAGCAGAAUGAUUUUAGUAUAAUAGAUGCAUCAACAAAUUUUGAAAUGAUUAACUUGGAACAGUCAAUGGAUAAACCAAGCAUGCAUACUAGCCAGGCUGUCGAACAGAAUAUUAUUGGUACAAUUGUUACAUCCAACAAUACUGAAGAUUUUGUGGGGUCAGAAUCAUCAACAUCUUCUGAUUGUUUCAAUAGUCCAGAAUAUACACCAUAUGCAAAUGAUAAAAUGAACUUGGAUUUUGAAACAAGUGAUUCAGAUGAUUUAGAUACAGUACUUUCACCUCCUUGUUCACCAGUAAAUACAAACAUAAAUAUAGUCAAUACGGUAGCUGUUCAUCAAAUAGAAUUAGAUGUCCAAAGAGCUAGAAAAUGUUCUUAUAACUAUAAAAAAAAUGUUAAAGAUAAGAGAGUAUACUGUAUUUUUUGUGAAAAUCUACAAACCAAUUUUCCACGUCAUGUUGAACGCAAGCAUGCACUAGAAACUGAAGUUAGAUCUUUUAUAUUAUUGCCGAAAAAAUCAAAAGAGCGCUUAAGACAAUUAGAACUUCUGAAAAAUAAAGGAAACUUUCACUAUAAUAAAACGAUAUUAGAAAAAAAAAAGGGUUCACUUAUAGUUGGUAGACGACCUACAUCUUCUGAAAAAGUGGCUGUCAAUGACUAUUUACCGUUUACAAAAAGAAGAAAUGUACAGUCUCAAUGCGCUAUGCUGUUACAAGAUACAGAUGAUUUCAAGCAAUUAACUGCUGAAGUUUUUAUUCAUAUGAAAUAUGACAAUAUAUCUUUUACAGCUCAAAACGAUAAACUGAUAUGUGCAUUUGGAGCUAGAUUACUAAAAAAUCAUCGUGAACAACACCUAAAAACGUAUAUAUCACAACGCAUGAGACAAAUCAGUAAACUUUUAUUGAUAUUAAGAACAUUAGUUCCAGAACUAAAAAACUUAGAAGAUUUUUUAGUACCCCAAUAUUUUAAAACAAUUGUCAAUGCUGCAAAAGAAAUAAGUGGUUACAAUGAAACUGAAAACUCUUACAUUCACCCAUCUAUAGCUCUGAAAUUAGGACAUACAAUUCUGCAAUGUGCCGAUAUCAUAGAAUGCCAAUCAAUUAUUCAAGGCUCUUCUCAAGAUAAAAUAAAUAAAAUAAAAAAUUUUGUUACAGUAUUUCAAAAAGAAUGGAAAUUUUCAAUUUCAUCUAACGCCUGUCAGGACCUUUCAAAAAAAAAAUUCAAUAAAACUAUAAACCUCCCAGAUGCUAAAGAUAUUACAGUACUACACAAUUAUUUGUUAAACCAAAUAAAAAAUGUAACUCAUCUCGUUGAUGAACAAAAAGAAAUUAACCAAGAGACAUAUAAAUUAUUUUGUAAAACUUUAUUAACCCAAAUAAUACUACUAAACAGACGAAGAUCAGGUGAAGUAGAAAGAAUACAAAUAACAGAUUAUUUAAAUAGAGACAAAAAAAAAAUGCAGGAAGAAAUUUUGAAAUCUCUCACUGAAGUUGAGUCAAAACUAUCUAAUAGUUUUAUAAGGUUUGAAAUAAGAGGUAAAAGAGGCAGAGGAGUACCUGUUUUGUUAACUCCAGACAUGAAAAAAUCUUUGGAUUUAAUGUUGGAUAUGAGAGCUUCUGUACAUAUUUUUGAACAAAAUAAAAAUCUUUUUGCUAUACCAUACACUGCUGUAGGAGUGUAUAGGGGGUCAGAUUGCCUGAGAAGUGCAGCUAUUAAAUGUGGAGCAGCUCAACCACAAUUAUUAACUUCCACAAAACUAAGAAAACAUGUUGCGACAAUAACACAAUUAUUAAAUCUAACAACUAAUGAUCGUGAACAAUUGGCUAAUUUUAUGGGUCAUGACUUGGCAAUUCACAAUGAGUAUUAUAGACUUCCGGACAAUACUUUGCAACUUAGCCGUGUCAGUAAAAUAUUGCUUGCUGCAGAAUCAGGUAAAAUUAACGAACUCAAGGGAAAAACACUAGACGAAUUUGAUGACAUUAUAAUUCCAAAUGAUUUAAAUGAAAGUUCAUCAGAUGAAAAAGAAGAUGAUGAAAAAGAAGAUGAUACAAUUGAAAAUAGUGACUUGUUUGAAAACCAUGUUCGAAUGAACAUCAGUGAGACAGAAAACUCAAUCACAGUAGUUGCUAAAAAAUCCAAAAAAAGAGGGGAUUAUAUAAAAUGGACCAUGGCUGAAAUAAAUGCAAUCAAACGAUCACUUGGAAAAUUUAUUGCACUCCGAAAAAUUCCUCAACAGCACGAUUGCUUACUAGCAAUUAAAAAUGAGCCUAUUCUCAAAAACAGAGAUUGGAAGAAAAUCAAAUUUCAAGUGGAAACAGUGAAGUUAUAUUAA